AUGGCGUCGUCUUCUUCAUCUCCGGCGGUGGAUGCAGUGUCCGCGAUGGAGGAGGAGCUAACUCUUGUAGUAAAGUGGAGUGGGAAGGAGUAUACACUCCGAAUCUGCGCCGAUGACUCGGUUGCUGAGUUGAAGCGUCGCAUCUGCUUUCUCACCAACGUCUUGCCCAAGCGCCAGAAGCUUCUCUACCCCAAAGUCGGAAACAAGCUCUCCGAUGACUCUCUUCUGCUCUCUCAGAUCCCUCUCAAGGCUUCUCUCAAGAUGACAAUGAUCGGUACUACCGAAGAUGAUAUAAUCGUAGAUCAAGUUACAUCUCAGGAAAUUGUUGACGAUUUUGAACCGGGCAAGGACGAAGUUGUGGACAUUGAAGACAAAGAAGUCAAUAAGCAGAAGCUCAGGAGAAGAAUUGAUCAAUACAAGAUUAAGCUUGUGAAUCCAUGUCGCAAAGGCAAGAAACUUCUUGUUCUAGAUAUAGACUACACGCUGUUUGAUCACCGUUCCACAGCCGAGAACCCGCUACAGCUGAUGCGUCCUUAUCUUCAUGAGUUUCUUACUGCUGCUUAUGCAGAAUAUGAUAUCAUCAUAUGGUCUGCCACUAGCAUGAAGUGGGUUGAGUUGAAGAUGGGAGAGCUCGGUGUGCUGAACAAUCCCAACUACAAGAUCACAGCCCUUCUCGACCAUCUAGCAAUGAUCACGGUUCAGUCAGACACUCGCGGGAUCUUUGAUUGCAAGCCACUAGGCUUAAUCUGGGCACUAUUGCCUGAGUUCUACAAUGCCCAAAACACCAUAAUGUUCGAUGAUCUGCGGAGGAAUUUCGUGAUGAACCCUCAAAACGGUCUCAAGAUCAGGCCGUUCAGGAAAGCUCAUGUGAACCGAGACACGGAUGAAGAGCUUGUGAUGCUGACUCAGUACCUUCUAGCAAUAGCAGAGCUUGACGAUUUGAGCUCUUUGGAUCAUAGCAGAUGGGAGACGUUCACUGAAGAUAACGUCAAAAGGCGCAGGCACACUUAA